AUGGCUGCUGAAGCGGUGGAACGAACCCCUAGUGCCACCAACGAGAAAUCCUUUGACGCGAAGGAAGAGAAAUCUUACUUCGUGAAUGGGGAUAUCGAAUCUUCCACCCAAGAAGCUGAAACAGACGAGAAUGUUGUUCUUCAGAACGAGCGAGAAAUUGCAACUCACGUAAUUUCCGUGGACGAUGAUCCUAGUCUCAACCCCUGGACUCUUCGGGCUUUCUUCAUCGGUCUCGGCCUUUCCGCCUUUGGUGGUUCCUUGGCUCAAAUUUAUUACUUCAAACCUCAAACUAUCCUAGUGUCUUCGAUGUUCCUUGCCAUCAUAUCCUAUGUCAUUGGCUUUACGAUGGAAACAUUUAUCCCCCGUCUUGGACUGUUCCGAUACUUGAAUCCAGGACCCUUUAAUAAAAAGGAAAAUGCAUUCAUUAUCAUCAUGUCUAGUGCAGCCGCGAACUCUGCAUUGGCUACGGAGGUCCUUGCUGUCCAACGUUUGUAUUAUAACAUCACGCCGAACGCUGGCUCUUCAAUAUUUUUGUUGUUUUCUUCUCAAUUGCUCGGUUAUGGGAUCGGCGGUAUGAUGCGAGGGAUCCUCCUUUAUCCGUCGAAGAUGUUAUACCCUGGUGUUCUCCCGUUGCUUUCCAUGUUUGACGCUCUCUAUCGCGAUGGCUCCGAAGCACGCCGCAAGCUCAAGGUCUUCUACGUCGUCUUUGCUGCCAUCUUUAUAUGGGAGAUGUUCCCUGAAUGGAUUUUUCCACUACUCACUGGUUUCUCAAUAUUCUGCCUGGCUGCUCCUAACAAUGCUGCUGUUUCUCGCGUAUUUGGUGGUUCCAACGGAAACGAGGGCCUUGGUCUAUUGUCCCUGUGCUUCGACUGGCAGUACAUCUCGGGUGUUAUUAACCCGAUGACUAUUCCACUGAAAGCUCAGCUUUCCAGCUUCAUUGGUUACAUACUCUGCAUGGUUGUCUUUGUUGCGGUAUUCUACACCAACAUAUGGGAAUCUCAGAAUUUCCCCUUUUUGGCGCAGCUCCUCUUUUACGAGAACGGAACUGUGUACGAUCAGACUUUGAUCAUGAAUUCCAACUACGAGGUGGACCCCGCCUUAGUCGCGGAACAAGGACUUCCAUACUACGCCGGUACCUGGAUUAUUAACCUUCUGUCAACUAAUCUUGGACUGGCUGCGACGUUCACUCACCUCCUCCUAUGGAAUAAAGAUGACUUACGUGCAGCCUGGAGUUGGAUGAACAUGGAUACACUGAGGAGUUGGCGUGCUAAUUUUGAUUGGAAAUUCUGGAAGCACAGUGGAAAGAGGGAAGUUCCCAUCAACAUUGAGAACCUCGACCCACACUACCGCGAGAUGCUGAAGUAUCCAGAUGCUCCGAAUAGUUGGUACCUCGUGACGUUUGUUCUCUCCUUUGUCGUUGGGCUGGUCGUCAUCUACAAGACAAAUUCUACGCUGCCCUGGUGGGGUUUCGUCAUCGCAGUACUCUUGGCCAGCGUAUCUAUCUUGUUCUUCGGCGCGUUGUACGCUAUCACCGGCAUUGGUCUUUCCAUCCAAACAUUGGUUCAAAUGAUUGCCGGCUACCUCCACAACGGAAGACCCAUGGCGAACAUGUUCUUUGUCCUUUACAGCUAUAAUACUGUGUCUCAAGCUUUAUUGCUACUACGUGACCUGAAGAUUGCUCAAUAUGCCAAAUUGCCUCCCCGUGCUGCAUUCACGGCCCAGAUCAUUGGCACCUUACUUGGCGCUGUUCUCAACUAUGUGUUGAUGAAUUCUAUCAUCGACAAUCAACGUGAAAUCCUACUAUCUGUACAAGGAACAAAUAUCUGGUCUGGUCAGCAACCUCAGUCAUACAACUCGCAAGCCAUAGCAUGGGGCGGCCUGGCUCACGAACUCUUUUCAACCGGUCAAAGGUACCAAUGGGUUCCCUUAUCCUAUCUAAUUGGCUUGGUUGCACCUCUUCCCUUCUGGAUUAUUCACCGUUACUGGCCGAAACUGCGCAUGGAUUACUAUUACACUCCUAUCAUCUGUGCGUACAUUGGAUGGCUUUGCGUUGGAAUAAACUCUUCAGUCCUGUCCUAUUACGCGAUCGCCUUCUUGUCUCAGUGGUGGCUCCGUACUCGGUACCCGCGUUGGUUCAUGAAAUACAACUACUUGGUCGGCGCCGCUCUUGAUGGUGGAACACAAGUCAUGGUAUUCAUUCUCUCCUUUGCGGUCCAAGGGGCUGCCGGAACAGCACAUCUUUUCCCGGCAUGGUGGGGUGCAAACCAAGGUGGCAACUACGAUCGCUGCUUGUUUAUCUAAAUAUCAUACAUCAGUUUGAAACAUUAUGAAAGUAUUGGCAACAUCUUGAAGUAUGAAGUGAU